AUGCAAGAUGACGCCAACCCUCCUACAUUUUGUUACCUUUCGCCUAUGAACGGCACCACCGGUGAGCCCGAAAGCGAUCCAUGCGGGAAUUGCGGUCUGGGAAUUAUGAGAGCACAGCUCGAUAAUGCAGUGGGGUGGAUUGACCGGCUUGCUAGCCAAUACCUCUCCUCUGCAUCUUCGUGUGGUGUCACAGUACCGCCGUUAGCUGAGCCUACGCCCGUAUUUCUCAGUAAUUCCAAAACUAUGGUCAGCAACACUUCUACAACUUUAACAUACACAGGAUCAUAUAUGCCUGUUCCAACUAGCAGCACUUGUGAUGAAUUUGCAGAGGCAAACUCGGUUGCAACUGAUCAGCUUUUAAUGGUCAAUGGACUACUUGGUGGCUGUACAAAUUGGCCAGGAAACCUUACGAGCCUGUGUGUGCAGGCAACUUGUCAGCCCUACCUGGUCCGACGAAAUGAUACCUGCAUCAGUGUUUCACGUGCUCAUAAGAUUACGCUCACACAGCUUCUUUCGUGGAAUCCAACAAUCGAUCCUGUCUGUGCUAAUUGGCCCACCAAGAUUGACCAUGUGAUUUGUGUGGGCAAUAAUGUGGGAUAUGUUAAGCCGAGUACAUCUUUCGAAGCUUCUACCACUGCAACUGCUGUUUCCAUUCCUACCAACGCCGUCGAUGGAUCUAAUACCAAGUGUGCGAAAUGGUAUAGUGUUGGGAAUAAUGACAAUUGCGCCUCGAUCACUGUCCAGAAUGGGAUUAGUCUGGAUGACUUUGAGUUCCUCAACCCUGAACUCAACGCGAACUGCACAAACCUCUUUCUCGACUACUCCUAUUGUGUACAGGCUGUCGGUGAUAUAGCCACCUACUCCGGAUAUGCCACAACCACAACCAAGUACACAAGCCUCACAGCUGAUCCAGCCAUAACUUGGGCCAAUCUUCCCACGGCGACUCGGCCCGUUUACAACCUAACUACGACAACUUCAUCAUAUCCACUGGCCUCGGGCUCUUUGGACGGAUGUUUUGCCACUUUCAAUAACAACAUGGGUGCGCUUGGAUGUUGGGAAGCGGCGUCCAUAUUUGGUGUCAGUGUGACAAACUUCCUGCUAUGGAACCCUAGUAUCUUGAACGGGCAGAACUACACAAUUUAUAAUUGCAAGCUGACAAAUGAGACACGAUACUGUGGUUCAUUCUACAACCAAACUUUGGCCUCAACCUCCACGAUGGUUUGGGCUUCAGUUCCGACUGAUGCCCCGGCUAAUUCUACAACUGAAUGUCUCGAUUGGUAUGAAACUGUAGACGGCGAUGACUGUGACUCAAUUUGCCGGUCAUACGACAUUCCUUUCACGUCACUGUAUGAAUGGAAUCCAAGUGUUGGGUCUGAUUGCACUAACCUUUGGAUGAAUACCCCGUAUUGUGUAAUGGGACAUGGCUGGUCUACCGUCGGCUAUAACAUGAGCACCACUUCAUCUAGCACUUCCGCAACUUCUUCCACCGGGGCCCCCCCUGCCCCGACGCAGUCUGGCAUUGUUGUCCAUUGCCUGGAGUGGUACGUGGCUCAGACAAACGACUCUUGCACGGCGAUUGCAUCAGCAUAUAGCAUCAUACUUGCCCAGUUCAACGCAUGGAAUCCGGCUGUCGGAGAAAACUGCGCCGGCCUUUGGGUAGAUGAAGCAUACUGUGUGAAAGCCCCCACCACUGCUAUAACGACCCACUCUACUGCGGUGACUACCUCUACCCGAGCAACUAUGACGCCACUAGCACCAACCCAGGCAGGAAUUCCCUCUGAAUGCAACGCAUACGAUGUGGCUCAGCACGGUGAUGGAUGCGAAGUGUUCGCUUCUCGUAACAAUAUCACAGUUGAUCAGCUUUAUACCUGGAAUCCGGCUUUGAACAAUGUUUGCGAAAAUUUCUGGUUGAACGAAGCUUACUGCAUCGGUGUCUCGUCUUAG